GAAGUAUUUUAUAUGAAUAAUAGCGCAUUUUGUUCUGAUCCUAAAACUUGGGAAAAAAAUCCUAGAAUAUUGACCAGUAUUAAAGGUGAAUGGGAGGCAUCAAGUGAAUCAAUCGAAAAACUCCUGGACACCAUCAAAACAAUGCUUUCCAUAAAAACUGAUGCUUUCGAUGAGAUGCGAAUUAAGAAAAAUAAUAUAAAAAUUGAAAUCGAAAAACUUUCUCAAAACAUUGAUAAUAUACGACAAAUUCAAGAUAAAUUGGAUGAUUAUUAUAAAAUUAUAAAGGAUGCAUCCGAUAAAAGAGAAUUCUUUCUUUAUUAUAUAGAGAAAGAAGCUAUUUAUGUGAAAAAAUUUGUUAAGGUUGACUAUAAAAACACUUACUGUUUUGAUCAUAUGCAUGAAGGAAUAAUUUGUCAUCCAAAAUGUGGAUUGGAAUAUAAUAAUCAAGAUCAAGAUACAAAUGAUCUUCGGAAAUGCAUCUGUUUAGCGGAUGGUGAACAUUGUAAGGAAUGCGGUUGUGGACCUGAAAGACAUUUUCAGUCAGAUGAAGAGCUGAAAUGUGAACUAGCAAGUAAUAUUGCUGAAGAGCUAAUAAGUAAAGAUCGUUACGAACAAGCCACUAAAGAUUAUCGUGAUGGCAGAUCCAAUGCUGAUGUUUGCGAAAAUGAAUUGAAUGAACUAGAUUCUAAAGUAGAAAACCUUUACGAACGUAUAUGUCAGUGUUGCCAAGAACUUAGAAAUAUUUGUAGUCGCUUUAACUUUGCCAAUGAACUUCAAGCAAACAUAGACAAUUUGAAGAAAUGUGCCACAACAAUAAAAAAUCCAAAAAGAAAAGAAAAAACUAUGGACUUUAUUGCAAAACUCGAGCAAUUUAUUCGUGAUCAAUCAACUAAAAUACUGUAA